UGUGUAUGUGUGUGUGGGUUAAUGUGUGUGUUUGUGUGCAGAGUUAUUCAAACAGAUUUUGUAAUGAAGCAGCAGCAGUUGAACUUUGGCUGUUGGGCACAAAAAUAUUUCGGCAGGAUCCUGACAGAGCGAGUCAGCGCUGCAGCGAUCUCAGCAGGAAGAUGAGCUCCGCCAAGAUAUGUUGUGUUUUUGUUCUUCUGACAGCGUUGUGUGUAACCAGUUUGGUUGUAGACGGCCCAGUGGAACCAAUCCGCCGUCAGAGAGCAGCCAGGCAGCAGGGGGGCGCCGUCCUUUUCUACGUGUCCUUCCAGGGCUCUCUGAGAGACAUCCUGUACAACCCCAUCGUCUUCAACCAGGUGGUGGUGAACCAGGGCGCGGGCUACGACAACAACACGGGCGUGUUCAUCGCGCCGGCGGCCGGUGUCUACCAGUUUGUGUUCGCGGCGCAGCUCUGCCGCGGAGACCACAACAACGUGUGGCACUUCAUGGUCAACGGGAACAAGAGGAUGGCGUGCCACGCUCAGGUGUCCGGCACCGACACCACCCUGAACACCUGCUUCUACAUGGAGGAGCUGAGGAGGGCCGACCAGGUGUGGGUGAAGCAGGAGGUGGGGAGCUGCGCCUGGGCCAGCACCACCUCCAGGACCAUCACCUUCUCCGGCGUCCUGCUGGCCAGCGAGGGGGUGUCCACGCUGGGAGCGAAGUACGGCUCGGGCUGUCCUCUGCUCGGCCCGGGACGCAGCAGGGACGUGAUGUCCAGCUCUGCAGGCCGGAGGGCGUCCGUGUGCAGCGUGGCCGCCGCUCUGCUGCUCCGCUGCCUCCUCGCCGCUUCAACAUAGAUACCAACUUUUAUUUUUUGUACAAGCUUUUAUUUUGUUCCGUUUGAUUUAUUCGUGGCUCUGGAUGUAACUUGUUUUGACUCGAUGUUUUUCUUCCCUUUAAAAAGUUUGAAAUUAAAAGUUACAGUUUCGCAGAUUUUUUUUGUCAUUUAACCCUUGUAUGUAGUAGGGGGCGUGACUCCAACAAAUUCAACGAAAAUGUUUGAUUAUACUGUUUCUGGCUCUGAUAAAUCACCAAAAAAAAAAUUAAAGAAAAAAAAAGUCAUUUUUUUUAAAACAAUAAAAAAAAGUAUUUUAGAAAA